CCCCUUUCACUUUAACCUACUACUCAGGUCCUGUACCUAGGUAUAUAAAAAGGGUUGUCUAUCCGCAGAAGAAGAAAAAAUAUUCCCAGCGCAAAAAAUCCACAGUACUCUACUAUCCCACUCUCAAACAUCUCGUUCUGCCCAUCGGCUUCAAUCCCAUCAUGCAUCUUCUCUCGACUUUACUCGCCCUGGCCGCGACUACCAGCUUAACAGUCGCCGUCCGAAUCCCACAUAUUCCAGAUAAUUUUGGCAUUUUCGUAGGCCAUAGCUACGACAACGGGACUACAGUCAUUGAAUCUUUGUCCAAUUCAGGCCUCGUUCCUAUCGUCACUCACGACCCUACGGUACAUCCGCGUAGCGCCAAGUUUGGCCGUGCUGCUGAACCGGCACUGCAUGAGAAACGCCGAACGGACUGCUGGGGCCACCCUCUGGACGUUUCUGGCGUAGACACAUCAAUUAAUAGUCUCGCUCAAUGGGCCGGCAACGGGCAUGAACUCCGGACCAGUCCGAACACAGUGGGUUUUGUUGGUAUAUAUGUCGAAGCUGUUGUUACAUACUAUUGCAUCAGCAGGCCCAACAGUGUUGGAAACCUUGAUAGCAAUGAUGUCUGGUAUGCGCAUAAUCAGAUGAACAGCAAAUGUGGGCAGUAUAUGUCCGGCUGGUUCGGAUGGCCAGGCAGUGUUGAAAUUGUUGGCAGAGCGAGAGAGGGUACUCAAAUCUGCCAACCUGGAGGUCCAUGGUAAGAAUGUGUUUUCUUCCUGUAGAGCUGGUCAGAUUCGGGAUCACUCGUACUAUGUUUCCGGGGUCGGGAGGUAUACACAACAAGCAACAAGGUGCUAUGAGACGGAUAGAUAACAUGCUAGAUAACGUCCCGGUAUGCUCAAUGCACGUUAUGGAACAG